GUCAAACGUAUCGUUGAUUUAAUAUAAUGGCACAAAACGGACAAAUGGUCUACAAAUCCAUGAAUUUGUUUGUCUCACCGGAAAAGUUUUAUUUAAGACCCAAUGAUAAUGAAAACGAGUUAUUGAUUAUUGAUAGACAAACAUUUCAUAUAUCACUUGAAGUCAAUCGCAAUCAGAUCCCAAGUAUAGCCACAUCUAAGCUUAUUCAUGGCAUCUUCGGUAUCGUCAGAUUGAUAGCCGGACCUCAUCUCAUAGUAAUUACCAAAGUUUCAAAAAUUGGCGAAAUCUAUGGCCAAUCAGUGAUAAAGAUCGAUGAAACAGAAAUAAUACCAUUUAGUCGGACAACACUUCACUUGACUGAGGAUCAGAUUGUCUACAAUAAGAGUUAUCUAAAUAUGAUUAAAUUGGUGUUGGAUUCGCCGUAUUUCUAUCUUUCAUAUUCUUAUGAUUUGACACAUACACUACAAAGUCUUUAUAACUGUGGACCAGAUUUUAUGUCUAAAUCGCUUUUUGAAAGAGCCGACAAACGAUUUGUUUGGAACCUCUCUUUAUUAGCCGAUUUGUAUACCAAACCCGAAUUGAGCGCCUAUUGCAUCCCAAUAAUGCACGGAUUUAUCACUAUAAACGCCGUCACAAUUAACAGAAAAUUGUUUAUAUGGACACUAAUAUCUCGACGGUGUAUCAAUCGGGCCGGUACUCGACUUUUUAUGCGUGGCAUCGAUGCUGAUGGAAAUCCGGCCAACUAUGUGGAAACCGAACAGAUUGUAGAAUAUGACUCAUCUCAGAGUUCUUUUGUUCAGUUGAGAGGAUCGAUACCACUUCACUGGACACAACUUCCUGAUCUUCGUUAUAAACCUCCACCACAAUUGAUUCAAUACGCAAAUCAUAUGCAGAGUUAUACUAAACAUAUUGAUCAUCUAAUUAAUAAUUAUGGAAGAGUUUGUUUGAUUAAUCUGAUCAAUCAUACGGGACAGGAACAGCCAUUAGAAAAGGCAUUCAAAGAGAUUGUCACCCAAUCUAACAAUCAAUUUGUACGUUUCGAGUCAUUUGAUUUUCAUCACGAAUGCCGCAAAAUGCGUUGGUAUCGGUUGUCAGUUUUGAUGGACAGAAUCGAUACCGAACUUAAAGAGUUUGGUUACUUUCUCAUGUCUGCCGAUCGGACAGCUCUCUGUCUACAAGACGGCAUCUUUAGAACCAAUUGUAUCGAUAGCUUAGACCGAACUAAUGUUGUUCAGGGAUUAAUUGCAAAACAUUGUUUAGAGAAUAUAUUGAAGCGCUUCCAGAUUAUCUCUGGUUCUGAUAAAUUAGAUGAUUACGAUGUAUUUAAUAAUCUUUAUCGGAAUGGUUGGGCCGAUAAUGCAGACAUUUGUAGCAUUCAAUACGCUGGAACAGGAGCUUUGAAAACUGAUUAUACACGCACUGGUAAAAGAUUACCAAUUGGUGUCGUCAAAGAUGGCGUCAAUUCAUUGAUUCGCUACUAUAAGAAUAACUUCACCGAUGGCUUCAGACAAGAUGCCAUCGAUUUGUUUUUAGGAUAUUAUAAAGUGGAUGAAAAUGAAGGAAAAGUUGUGAAAUGUCCGCUUAAAGAUAGACAAGAGUGGAAGUACUUGACGUUACCAAUAUUUUUCUUGGCCUCCAUUGCUAUGUUCUUCUUUAGUCUACUCAUUCCAACCGAGCAUUCCACGGAAACGCUAUUAUAUUUGUUAUUUUGGUUGGCAAUGGUCUCCACAACACUUAUCGGUAUCUUUUAUUACGGCUCCGAAUUGGCUGACUAUCCAAAGCUGAGGGAUGUGAAACCCAAACGACAAUCAGAUUAAUUUAUCAAAAAUGGUUUAAUUAGUUUUUACUGACUUUAUAUUAUUA